AUGGCACAAAAUAAUGAAGUUUCUGAUUUUGUGAUGUCGUCAUCAACUGAUGGUGACAUUGAGGUGUGCGAAAGACUCAAAAAACUCUAUCCAUAUGUCGAUCAAGAGAAAACACCGUUACCACAUGUUUGGAGUGCGCAGGAUAAAUGUAAUUGGUUGGUUUUAUCAAAUGAUUCGCUACGUGUCACAUACACAGGCCAAGGAAAGAACCCGAAAGAUGCAGGUGCGGUGCGUGCCGAUCAUCCAAUCCCAGUAACAUGUGGUGUGUUCUAUUUUGAGGUGUUAGUUGUGUCAAGCGAGAGUGAUUGUUGCAUUGGGAUUGGAUUAUGUGAAAAGAAUGUUGAUUUGAAUCGAUUACCAGGCUGGGAUAAAUGUUCGUACGGUUACCAUGGUGAUGACGGUAAUUUCUUUUGCUCAUCCGGUAGUGGGAUCGCAUAUGGUCCAACAUUCUCAUCCAAUGAUACCAUCGGUUGUGGCAUUAAUUUGGUGUCAAAAUCGAUAUUUUACACGAAAAAUGGUGCAAACUUGGGUACGGCGAUAAGUAAUUUAUCAAAUGUGGUCGAUCUUUACCCAAUGAUUGGUCUUCAAAAGCAUGGCGAGAUUCUAGAGACAAAUUUUGGUCAAAAGCCUUUCAAAUACAAUAUUGAACAAGACAUACAAGAGGCCAUUGCUUACACGUAUGAUUGCAUUUAUAGUGUUGAAUUACCACAAGCAAAGACUUCCUGGAUGGAUCAUGCAAUAGCUGCGUGGUUAGCGCAUGAAGGAUAUAGUCGUGCCCUAGCUGCAUUCCAUAAGGCCACACAACACAAGCCGAAUGAUAACACGACACAUCAUGCCACCGAACUUUGCACAACAACAAAUGAAUCUGCUGAGUCAAUGCAAAAUCGAACAAUGUUACGCAGAUUGGUCGUCGAGGGUAAAGUUGGUGAAGCAAUCAGUCGUAUAGACAAAUUAUAUCCGCAUUUACUGACACGUAACAAAGAACUCGCUCUCAUGCUCAAAUGCCAACAAUUUGUAGAAAUAUUUGUUGAACUCGUUCAGGACAAUCCUGUACUGUCAUGUUGUUCUUCGUCCUCAGCGAACGACAUUAGAUCUCCUCCGUUGACAUCAACUCCAUGUUCUAGUAGUAGGCAAUACCAAUCAUCACUUAAAGAUAUACCUGUUCCUGAUUCAUCUUCAGGUGCUGCUGAAUCAUUUGCUCAAGUUUUCACUCAAACUGGACGAUCUUACACCAUUGGCUCGAAUGGGAAGACGAUAGAGGCAGUUGGUGCGACACCAAAUCCAUUUAAACGCAGAAGUGGUCAAGUGCCAUCCAUUCAACAGUCACGUCGCGGCUCAGCACGUUUAUUCCAACCAACAGUAGCCUCACAUCAAGAUAACGGUAAUCGUUUCACCGUACCAUCCUCUUUCAGCACACAUCAGGGUGCUGCUUCCAAUGGUAAUAGUCAGAAUGUGGUUCUAUCGAACGAUGAUGAGCAACCAAUGGAGCAAGAUUAUUCAUUACCUCAAACUGUUUUGCAUACGCCUGUCUCAUCAAACGGAACAACUGCACACGAAUCAAAUGGUCUUUCACUUGGAAGAAGCAACGGUUCAGUGGCUGAAGCGAAUGGCACCUCAUCGCAUGCAUAUGUUUCGGCAACAACAAUCGUUGCUGAAGAACUUGAAGAUUCAAUUACUGAACGUAUUCAUGAGGAAGAUAUUGAAGAGGAAUGUCGAUCAGCUGGAUAUACGAAAGCUGAAUUGGUUCCUUAUGAGCGUAUGCAACGUCUACUGGAUUUUGGUAAAACAGUGCAUGCUUUGAGUUUAGAGCUGGAAGAUCCGCCUGAAGCUCUUAUUGAUCGUAUGCAUGACGCUUUCGCGUUGAUCUGCCAAGAUUCUCCAAGGCAGUCUUCAAUGGCUUAUUUAAUGGAUGCUAGUAUGCGGGAAAAAGCUGCAAACGCAAUGAACAGUGCCAUUCUAGAAUUUCUGGGCUUCCCGGCACAAUCAUUACUGGAUAAACAUUUUCAUACGGCUCGUGAGAUGCGUCAUGAGCUAGCUCUAGUGCAAGUUGGUGCAGCCGUAUUUGCUGAUGUGGACAAGAUGGUACUCUCAGAUAAGUUAAUUCAUCGUUGA